AUGUUUGAGGUGAAACUCCUGAACAUCAGGUCAGACCGGGAUGAGGAACAGAUCCUGUACUACACUCUGCUGGGCCCCGGGGCCAGUGAACGACCAUUGAACCUGUUUGUUGUGGAGGAGGCCACUGGACUGGUGCACGUCCGAGGAACACUGGACCGAGAGGAGAGGGAAACUUACAUUCUGAAGGGAGUGGCCAGAUUUCAUAACGGCAGUGUGGCUGAAGGCAGUAUAGACCUGAAGUUUGAUGUGGACGACGAGAACGAUAAUCCACCUGUUUUUGUCCCCGUACCUCCGGCUACAGUCAGUGAGUCCAGUCCAGCAGGGACUCUGGUUGGCACGAUUACAGCUACCGAUGCAGACAAGGCUAACUGUUCCAAUUCAAAGAUUGCCUACAGCAUUGAGAAGCAGGAGCCCUCUGACGGCACAGACCUCUUCUCCAUAGACAGAGACACCGGAAACAUCUACGUCAAAGAAAACACCUUAGACAGAGAGACACAAAGCUCCUACAUUUUAACAGUUAAAGGAAGUGAUAUGAACGGAGCUCCUGAAGGCAACACAGGCACCGGGACUAUACAUGUCAAAGUAGUGGACAUCAAUGACAACGUACCCACGCUGGACAAAGACCAGUACACAGCUAGAAUUGUGGAGAACACAGCCCACGUGGAGGUCAUGAGGUUCAAAGUGCAGGACGACGAUGAGGAGAAAACUGACAACUGGGUGGCUGAUUUUGAUAUCGUCGCUGGAAACGAAGACGGGAUAUUCAGCAUAAAAACGGAUCCCAAAACCAACGAAGGUGUUCUGAUGCUUGAAAAGCCUGUUGAUUUUGAGGAAAAUCCUGAUAUCAAGCUGGGAGUGGUAGUAUCCAAUGUUGCUCCAGCUGUGGGGGAUGGAGGCGGUGAUGGAGGAGGAGGAGGUCCAACCGGAGCUAGUGGCUCAGCUACAAGCCAGUCAGGGAAAAAGAGGCCAAAAAAGGGCAAACUUUACCCGGUGAACAUCGCAGUGCUGAAUGAGCCCGAGGGGGUCUCCUUCAAACCCUCAGUGAAGCCCGUCUCUGUGUCAGAGAACCCGGAGGAAAAUCCAUUAAUGAAGGUGAUCGCCGUCUUUGCAGCCACUGACUCUGACACCGGAAAUCCUGCAGAAAAUGUUCGAUAUGCUAAAGGAUACGAUCCGGACAACUGGCUGUUGAUUGAUCCAGAAACAGCAGAGAUUAGACUUCAGAAGGCCCCGGACAGAGAGUCCCCGUUCUUGGUUAAUGGAACUUACUACGCUAAAAUACUGAGUCUGACUCAGGACGUGCCUCCUAAGAUGGUCACUGGAACAAUAGCGUUACAGGUGGGAGAUGUAAAUGAUAACUGCCCCACGCUGACCGACCACAUAGAGUACAUCUGCUCGGACACUGAAGUGGUUAAUGUCACUGCAGUGGAUGAGGAUGGAGACCCAAACUCAGCCCCUCUCAGCUUCCGCCUCGUCGCUGAGGAGAGCCAGGGGAAGUGGAGGGUUGAACCUUUAAAUGAUACCAGUGCAUCCCUCAGGACUUUGAGGCCGCUGUGGCCCGGUCACUACCAGGUUGCCUUCAUCAUCCAGGACCAGCAGGGUCUCGCCUGCCCAGACCCUCAGUACCUGGACCUACACGUGUGCUCCUGUGAGGAAGGAAAGGCCUGCAGAGCGUCAGGUUUACAUGGUCAAGCAGCUUUUCUCAAGGAAUCCUCAUCUACGUUUGGAGGACUGGGAGUAGGGGCACUGAUCCUGGGUCUUCUGAUGCUGCUCGUCGUAGCUUUCUUACUGAUGACAUGCUCGUGUGGAGGAGUGCCGCUGACUUUCUCCGAACUUCCUUUUGCUACCAGAGAACACUUGAUUGUCUAUCAUACGGAGGGCAGAGGCGAGGACAAGGAUGUCCCUAUGCUCAGCUCUCCAGUCCAUAUGAUGCCUGCCGCCAUAUCUACUGGAUGGGCCUGCAACGUAGCUUCCAACACCAAAGCAAACACGGCGGCUUCCUACGGUGAUCUCAUGAUGGGCACUGCCAACAAAACGUACAAGUCCAGGGUCGGGGCUGACGGCAGGAUCCAGGAGAGAAGCUUUGGAGAAUUCAGAGAGAGCCAGAGAGAGGAACAACUGUUACUGUGUGAUGGCAUGGAUGGCAUUUCUCUGCCUGAUGUGUUUCUGCAUGAUUACUACUCUCAGAAGGCAAGCUGUGCAGCAGAGAAACAGGCAGCGAGGGAUUGUCUGUGCGAGUAUAACUACGAGGGCCGGGGCUCUUCUGCUGGCUCGGUGGGCUGCUGCAGCCUCCUGGACUCUGACGACAACCUGCACUUCCUCGAUGACCUCUCGCCAAAGUUCAAGACCCUGGCUGAGAUCUGUUCUCCUCCUAGACCGUCAUCACCUCUGAAAACUCAAAGAAUUGUCACCCCAGAGGUGGAUAAAGUUGACCACAUUGUUGGGCCCUCAUUGGAGACUAAACCGUCCAGCAUCCACGGCAAGAGCCCAGAGCGUGACCAAAAUGUCGGCAUCAGUCAGUCAUCCACCGGUGUCACGGUCUUUGAUGGAACGGCGUCCAGCAGCGUGUAUGGGCAAACAUUCACCGGUGUCACAGGCUUUAAUGGAACGGCCUCCAGCUGCAUGCACGGGCAAACAUUCACCGGUAUCACAGGCUUUAAUGGAACGGCCUCCAGCAGCGGCACCAGCAGCGUUGCUCAGUCAUCUCCCAUUAGUCCUGUUACCACAGCCAUGCUGCCCUCUCCUGGUCAGAUGCUUGUACUACAGCAGCAGCCUGUCUACUACACCACCACCCCCAUGAUGCAGCCCAUGCACUACAUAGUCCAACCGCAGCUCCAGAGCACAGUGCUGCUGGCCGAAGCUCCCGUCAGCAACCUGCAGGGCAUGAUCCUGCACGGGGGAAACACCGCCGGGACUUUAACUCUCGGUACAACGAGAGACAGAGACAGAGUGGUGGUGGACGAGAACUGGGGAGUGGGCCCAGCAGAGACGGCGAUGGGCGUCAGAAGGGGCGGUCGAAGGAUCAAGUCAGAGGCAGAGGGUGGAGCUAGGUCACGCCACACAUACAUACAUACAGGGACGCUGACGGGCGGACACAUCGGUGUGUUUGCAGCAGGGUCCGAAGAGGGACAGCUAGUGUUCACACAGAAAGGAGACAAGAGGAGAACGAGGUCAGCAGCCUCGGCAGAGACGGGCUUCAUGUACUAGAAAUCAUUCUGAAAUCACAGUACCACCAGACAAAACACCUUCUCAUGUAACAAUCCAAAUUUCACUUUUGUACUGACACAGAAUAAUGUCCUUUUUAUAGAAUCUGAGUCAACCGUGUAGUCAUGGUACUCUUUAGCCAUGCAUGCACUGUGGCUGUAGGGAUGCCACAGUUGGGCCAUCAGUCCACCACAAUCGUACAAACUAAAAUGUCUCAUUGGAUGGAUUGUUAUGAAAUAUUACAGACAUUGAUGGUCCACAGAGGAUGGUGAUCGUCUGACUUUUCCUCUAGGGAUGGAUGCUAUAAUACCAGGGGUCGGCAACCUUUACUAUCAAAAGAGCCAUUUUAGGCAAAAAAAAAAAAAUAAAUAAAUAAUC